AUGGGAAGAAACCAGCCAGCUUACCAAGAGGAAGAAAUGAUGACCACUUUUUGUAUUAUCUCGAAAGUUUUCAUUGGAUCUAGAAGUAAUCACAACGUCACUUUUCUUAGGAGAUUUCAUGGUAGUUUUUGGAAACUUCAAUUGAUUAAUGAGGUCAGGAGACUCUAUAAUUCGAAUGAUAUGUGGAGAGAGCGGGGCGUCUUACCCGCAUCAAUCGAUACCAUGGUGUCGCAUAUACACGAAGGUUAUUCUUCAUUUCAUCCCAAAUUGGUAUACAAAACCUAUAAAUAUGGUAGGGGUGGUAUGACUUUGCAGGAACAUUUCACUCUGGAAAGGCAAGAUGAGCUUGGCUAUUUAAGUGCCAGGCGCCCACUCAUCAAUGCUGGUGAUUGGCCUUGUAUGGCUGUGUCAUCUCUUCCAAUAGAUGUACUACUUUUGAAAGCGUUAGCUAAUAUCUUAAUGCGGGAGUUUCUAGUGAUAAGAAACAAUCUUCCGUCUAGAUUAUUUUAUUAUAAUGAAAUGUUGGAUUACCACCAAAGGUUCUGGCAUGGUCAAAGUGGUGUAGAGAAAAUAGUCUGUGUGGAUUUGAGUCAUAGUAUCCGGUAUGUUUCUACUCCACGUCUAUGGAAUACCUUAAAGUGUCUACACAAUCUGGAUGUGAUUUCCCACAUCUUAAAGGAAUUUCUAUCUCUCCCGAUAUAUAAUGCUGCCACUAACCUCCAAAUUCCUCAUUCGAAUUGUAUACCAUUGAUAGGUGAAUUGAGCGACGUGCUCCUACAUCUCUUUUUGCAACAUCAAUUCAAUAGGGAGGUCCUGAGCCGGUAUGAAGGUGUUCUUUAUACAAGAUGGGACACCAAUGUCCUUCUAGCUUCAACACGCUAUGAUUCAUAUCAUCUUGACCGUCCUCAAAUUCUGGACAUCUUAAGGCACGUAAAUCUAAGUGGAUUUAUUUCCGUGAUCGAACGUGGUGGCGGGGGCAUGCACGUGACCCCUGAGAAAUCUCAGAUAUUCCUCAGUGCAGAUGGUGAUGUUAGUAUCCCUCAACUAAGCGAAGGUGAGACUGACUAUGAUAGUGAAUGA